CCAAACAGCUACGCUACACUCAAGAUCAUCGAUCUGAGGGACACGCCGCUACGAGACAUUGACAUCGCCUACCUGCACCACCUCCCUGCGCUGGCCGCGCUCCUCCUCGAUGACACAGGUAUAGGGAAUGAGGCCAUGUAUCACUUAGUUAGCCUCCGGCGUACGCUAACGGACCUACACGUCCGGAACAACCCAAGGAUAGACGACGAUGCCGUGCCGGCCCUUCUCUUGCUGUCCAAGCUACGCUCGCUCUCCCUUUACGGGACGUCAGUCGGGAUGGCCGGCCUGCGUCGGUUCGCGGGCACCAUCCACGAGGAGGAUCGCCAUCUCGAUAUUGAAAUACCCGUAGCAUGCGAUGAAUACAUCGAAGAUAUAUCCGCGAAGUACAUGAUUGACCCGCGCCCGCCCCUGAUCACGGACCCGGCGGCGUGCGCAAGCCUCUCCGUCGCCGCGCUGAGGCGCAACCUCACGGAGCACGCCGCAUACAACGACGCCAUCGUCGCGGGCGGGACGAAGGGCGAGAUGGUCGAACGCCUGGAGAGGAUCCUGGAGACGAGGAGGAUGGAUCUGCUCGUGAGGGCUAUGGUUUGGGGCGAAGAUGGCUCGGGGGUUCUCGAGGGCUCGGGGAGCGCUGGUUAA